AAGUGCAAGUUCGCGAUAAAUCGAAGAUUUCUCCGCGGAACGAGGCUAAGGUUGCCUCGAUCGCUGUUAUCGAACACACUUUCCCGUUCGCAAUUUCCCUCUCGCAACAUUACGCGCAAUCAACGGUCAUAAUUUCCCCUCACACUUGUGUGUGUGUGUGUGAAUUAAUUCUGCUUUUUUUUUUCUUUCUUUUUUUUUCAAUGCCGCGCACAGGAAACUACACGAACCCUCUAUAAAUGGACUUUUCGCGGCCGACGAGGCGGGUUCGUUCGAUUUCGCUCUCGGCGUGAGGGCUUUCCAAGUGUGUUACACGAGGAGGAGAACCCACGCGUCGCACGUGGCUUUUUAUUCCGCUCCCGGUGUGUGUGUGUGUGUGUGUGUGUGCAUUGCGACGAGAUGCACGUCUGUGUGCUCAAAUAAUUGACACACGCGGAGGGAAGAUGCUAAUUCUCUUCCUUCCUUCGCGAAUGACGCGCAUUCCGCGAUAUCACACCGCGGAAUGUUUUUUUUUCUUUUCGGGAAGAGAAGUCGCGCCAAGUAUUUCGUGUAAAUUAAUAUAGAUCGGAGUAUAGUUUCACCUGGCACCAUCGGACACACAUCGCGCGAUCGGGAAUCAGACAGAGCGUGUUAUGAGAUAGCGUCGUCGUGUACCUUGGACCUUGUCCAAAAACAUUGAAAUCGCUUAAUAGAGAUUUACACGUGUUCCCCCCCACACACACACAUAUACGUAAAAGCACGCAAAAAACGUACGCCGAGACGAUGUCACCGAUGGGAUCGCAGUAAUUAAAAGUCAACAUAUAGAAUCCCAAAGUUACGAAGAAAGGAAGGACAUAAAUGACAGAAAAAUGGCGUCGACCAGCGGGCACAAGAGAAACGGCUCGAGCUCAAGCAUGUUCGCGCACAAGCGCACCGAGUCCGGGGGUGGUUUCGUUGGUUACAAGCGCACCGAGAGCGGUCACAAGCGCGCCGAGAGUAUAUCCAGUGCCUUCGGUCACAAACGAACGGAGAGUGGCCACAAGAGGAAUGAAAGCACCGGCGGUUUCGGUCAUCGUAGAUCCGAGUCCGGCAGCAAUUACCACGCCGGACACAGGCGGAACGAGAGCAUGUACGCGAUGACGGGCCUGUACGCGGAGAGCGCCGGCACCGGCGCGACCGACGACAGCGCGGACCCGCUUCAGGCGACCGCCGGCAGACUGACCCACGACACCGUCAUAAGGUGCCACAGCAGAAAUCCGAGUUCCGGUCUCGUGGAUCAUAGAGACUUUAUCAUCAAAUGUCACAGCAGAAAUCCCAGUGCUUCUAUGGUCGACAGGACGGAGAAGGAGAGGCCGCAAACUCCGCCGUUUAAUCCGGAUUCCAAGGACUGCGGGAUUCUGAGUUGCAGACCGGCCUUCAUUCAGAGAUUUGCCGGAAUAAAGGUGUUCGUAUUCCUUCUAUCGUUCCUCGUUACGUUGCAACAAGCGCUUAGCUCAGGUUACAUUAAUUCUGUGAUAACGACCAUAGAGAAGAGAUUCGAGAUCCCGUCCAGCCUUUCGGGCCUCAUUGCGAGCUCGUACGAGAUCGGCAAUGUUAUCACUGUCAUUUUUGUCAGUUACCUCGGCAGUCGCAGACACAUACCCGUGUGGAUAGCGAUCGGCGCAGUGAUAAUGGGACUGGGAUCUAUGAUCUUUAUGGUGCCACAUUUCACAGCAGAACCCAACUUGACGACAACCGCGAAUCAUUCCAGUUCAGAUAAUAUCUGUCGUGGCGUAUCGUUACGCGAACAAGACAUGGGUUUGGGUCGACUCUCAUCAGGGUUAUCUUCGCCUCCUCUGGCACCGCACAAUAAUUUAAGAGGAGACAAUUGUAUACAGGGAUCUCCGUCUACAGCCGGACCUGUCAUGCUAUUCGUACUUGCUCAGUUACUAUUAGGAUGUGGGGGUUCUCCUUUAUUCACUCUUGGUACUACUUAUAUAGACGAUCACGUGAGACCGGAAAGUGCGUCUUUAUAUAUCGGUUGUAUGUAUAGUAUGGCGGCCUUUGGACCAGUUUUAGGUUUCCUUCUUGGAGCAUAUCUUCUGUCUUUCCAUAUGGACUCGUUUUCCGGGACGAUCAUAAGCAUCGAUCCCGGAGAUCACAGAUGGGUCGGUAUGUGGUGGGGUGGAUUUCUGCUUUGCGGCUUGCUCCUCAUCUUGGUGGCGAUACCCUUCUUCAGUUUUCCGAAAACUCUGCAACGGGAGAAGGAGAAGAUACGUAUAAUCGAGAAAAACAAAUCGCUGACGCAAAAAGAGAAGGAGCAAUCGAAAGAGCCUAAAAAAGAAAAACUAGACGAUAGCGGUUAUGGCAAAGACGUCAAAGAUAUUCCACGAAGUAUGUGGAGACUGGUGUGCAAUCCGGUUUACGUUGUAACCUGUUUGGGAGCGUGUAUGGAGCUGGUGAUAGUCUCGGGUUUCGUGGUGUUCCUGCCCAAGUAUCUCGAGACGCAAUUCAGUCUGGGGAAAAGUCAGGCUAGCAUAUUCACCGGCUCGGUCGCUAUACCGGGCGCCUGUAUCGGGAUCUUUUUCGGCGGGUGCAUGCUCAAACGGUUGGAACUACGGCCGAAGGGCGCGGUGCAAUUUGUUCUCGUGUCGAAUAUCAUUUGCCUCGUGUGUUACGGCCUGUUAUUUUUCCUCGGCUGCGAGAACGUAAAGAUGGCUGGGACCACUAUACCAUACUUCAACAGUAGUACAAAGGGCCCGGAACCCUUUCAAGUAAAUCUCACUGCCGCAUGCAACUUUGGUUGCGAAUGCCGAAUGACGGACGUCGAGCCUGUUUGCGGUAACAACGGUCUGACGUAUUUUAGCCCGUGUCACGCAGGUUGCACUGCCUUCAGUUCCAAAUCGAAUUUCACAAAUUGCGCAUGUAUACACGGCAAUUUGACUGUGCUACCACCGGCAGCGACAGAAUUUGCGGAGGUGACCGUUGUGCCAGUGGCAACCGCGGGUCCCUGUACUUCACCGUGCAGAACUAUAUUUCCAUUUUUGAUUCUUUUAUUCUUCAUGACAUUCAUCGUUGCCGUGACGCAAAUGCCGUUGCUUAUGAUAGUAUUACGAUCCGUUUCCGAAGAGGAGAGAUCGUUCGCUCUGGGUAUGCAGUUUGUUAUCUUCCGAUUAUUUGGUUACAUACCAGCACCGAUACUGUUCGGUAAUCUGAUCGAUUCCACGUGUUUGCUGUGGAAGAGCACGUGCGGAGAAAAGGGAGGACGAUGUUUGCUUUACGACAUCGAACAAUUCAGAUACAGAUACGUCGGCCUAUGUGCUGGGAUAAAAAUUUUAGCUCUGGCGUUGUUUUUGAUCGAUUGGUGGCUCGUGAGAAGGAGAAGACAAAUGGAGGAACAACCGCCAUCCUUCACCGUUAACGAGUUCGUCGGGUCAAUUAUCAGUCUAGAUAAAUUGUUCGAAGAAAAACCACAUCAAAACGUAGGAGAUGGCGACGCGACCUUGCCGAGUUCCGAGAUCGCGACGCCGUCCUCUAUCUCGUCGCCUACGGAACCUACGAAAUCAACGAAUCUUGAGGAGACGGGAUCGUCGAAUCAGACGCAGAUGUCGACGGAGACGACAAACCGCUCGAAAACCACGGAACUCGACGUUCCCGAUACGAGGCAAGCGCCGCUCGCGCUUCAGGAACCGGAUGUCGAGAUCAAACUUUUAAACGGUACGACGGAAAAUCGCAACCGCGUCGUUUAAUGCUUACUUUACAUUAGAAUUAAUAGAAAUAAAUAUAUCAAAUUGGUGAUACGUAAAUUUGUGACAAUUUGUUAUGUACAUUUAUGCUCGCUGAUAAGUUUCAUCCGAGUGACAACCAGACUCACAUAUCCACAUACGUACGUUCAUCUCCUCUGUAAUGAAACGCUGAGACGAGGCAGUAUUACUUAUGCAUAGAAAAGUAAUUUGUGUACGCGUAAGAGAGAAACGAGUUGAGAGUCGUUUACACACGAGCCAUUAAACACGCCGCAAAAAAAUGUGGAUUCAGUUGCAUGUGUUCUGUUUUUCUUCUGUACGUACUUUGUGGACAUGCGUAUUUACAUAUAGCUGUUAUUUAUUAUCUAAACAAAAAAAUAAACUUGUCACAAAUUUAGUCAUCUACGAUUUUUUUUUUUUUUUUUUUUUUUUGGUUUUACUUAUAGGAACUAAAAUAUAUCACUAGAGAGUAAAUUUUUACAAGAAUCACGUACAUACGUACAUACAUAUAUAUCACACACCUGUCAUACAUAUUUGUGUACGUAUAUAUGUAAUACACACAAAUAAGUAGAUAUAUAAUAUAUAUAACUCUAUAUAAAUGUAGUUCAUUUCAAAAAAACGUACAACAUACAGAUUGUAUUAUUACUCUCAUUGCACAUUUAGAUUUAUAUUGUUGCUACAUAUAUCGUUACUGAGAGAGCAGAUAUUAUUGUAUAAUGGAAAAAGGGGGAGAGGUAAGGGUAUAUACGGGGGAUAUGCAAUAUAUAUGGAAAUAAAAAAUUUCUAUACGUCGUCCGGGAGGUGACUUGGUACAUAUUUCCGAAGCGAGCCUCGCUGUUUUGCAAAGGAAAAAUAAAAAAGGCGCAAAUGAUGACGGAAGAAUACUCUGUAAAUAUGAAAAUUCCUGCCUUACGAAAUACAAGACUAGACAAAUGUAUAUUUAAAGAUAUAUUGCGAGCUAAAAUAACAGAACUAAAAGAACGAUCUAUAUAUGAUAUCACUAGCGCAGAGAGAGAGAGAUAGAGAGAGAGAGGGAGGGAGGAAGAGAGAAAGAAAGAGAAAGAGCAAAAACUAUAUAAUUUAUUUUAUAACUAGUGUGUUAGAAAGUUGUCGAGAAAACAGAACGUAGUCAAUUUAGCGUAGUAAGAUAAACGACGAGAAUUAAACGUAAACAAAUUGUGAAUAAUCUCUAUUGUUGAAUGACACGCGUUGAUCUGCUGUGUGUGCAUAUUAUUUACUUUUUUCCGUAGAUAUAUGUAUGUAGUAGACGUAAAUCGAAGUUUGCGCGCGUAAGUCGUAUAUAUGAUCUCUUUGUCUUUUGUUUUUUUAUUUUUAUUUUUUAUUUUUUUUUAUUUUUUGUCCUCUCGUUCUUCUCCAAUUUAGUUGUUCCAACAACUUUUCUUUCUCCGAUUGAAACAAAAAACACUUAGAAGUAACGUUUUAAGAAAUAUACAGAUAUAUUGCAUAUUUUGUAUAACACGAGAAAUAUGAUGCUUCCAAGCAACGAAAUUGAUACUUUCAAACUGCGUGGCUCGGUAAAAAAAAUCAAGAUAUGUAAUUGGAAUUUACUGUUUUUUCUUUGGGUUUUAUUUUAUUUAUUUUUUUUUUUUUGUUGAUUAAAAAACCCUCGGCUUUACGCAAAACAAAAAAAAAAAAAAGAAAAAAAGCUCACUUUGUAACCGGAACUCUAUUUGCUUCGUACCUGAAAGCUUUGUCGAAAAAGAAACUACAAUUACUCAGGAAUGUAAUUCUAUAGAUGAUAAAGAGCCACUUUUAAUUUAAUCCGAAAUAAAAACAAAAAAAACUUUAUAUUAUAAAAAUAAAUACGAAGUAUAUAAAAUACGAUUGCAAAAGGAAGAGAUAAGAGACAUUUGAAGCUUCUUUCGUGUUUUUUUUUUCUUUCUUCUCAAUGAAGCGUGUAUGCGUUACGAAAUAUGAUACAAUAUUUCGGAGUAUACUGAGCCGUGUGUGAAAAAAGACCGUCUUGAAAACGCGAAUGAUACAUAUACGUAUAUAUAUAUAUAUGUAUAUAUUUAUACAUAUAUGUAUAUAUAUAUAUAUAUAUAUAUAUAUAUAUACAAUUGCUUUUUGCAAAUACGUUUGCUGAUUACACUUAUCGGGAUAUUUCUUUACACACUAUAUUCUCGUCGAUGAUGACACGGUACUAAAUAGUUUUUACACACAUGCUCUUUCUAUCUUAUUAUAGGGAAAUUAGUUUUAGUUUCACGCAAUUUUGUUUUAUUCUCUCUGUGUUCGGCUCGCCACUGUCAAUUUUGCAAAUUACAUUACACACAUUAAUAAACUCUAUAUAUAUAUAUAUAUAUUUUAGAAGGAAAAAAAUUCCAGUUUACUGUGAACUUCAUCAAAGUCGACCGUUCGACCGCAGGUUUUCGGAGACAACGCGUGCGCGCGAGCGCGCUCGCAGUGAUCUCUUCGCGCAACUACACACAUAAACACACACGUACACACAAACACACAAACACACACACAUAUAUAUAUAUAUAUAUAUAUAUAUAUAUAUUAAACUAAUUACUUAUAUACCUACUUUGUGAUAUAAACUUCUUCCGAACGGUAACCUUUGACGAAGGCCGUAGAGAAUAAUAACAAGUGCUGUGAAAAAAAC